AUGGAUAACAAUGAAAUCGAAGAGACGAAGUCUUAUAGGGUGAAUUGCGAUGACUGUUGCGAGGAGGACCUAUGCAAUGCGAACUUUUCGGUGCAAUAUUACCAGGAGAUGAUGAGUCGACAGUACACUUCUUGGUUCACACCGUUGCCAGGCGAGGCCGAACAUCGCGUCGAGGAAACGGAAGACACGGCGGUCGGCUCGCCUCUCAACAAAAGUCCCGGGUUCAGCGUUUCUGCUGAGAAGUCCUACAAGGGUAUUCUGGCGAUAAUUGCUAUUACCAAAGUAGCAGGAGCUGAGGAGCUGCAGGCAGAAGCUAAUAAAAGUCCAAGAAAUGGCCAAGAAAGAGCCGUUAUAUAG